GUCCCUUCGGCAGAACCCGAGGCCAUGCAGUGCUGGCCGAGCCUGGUGAUGACCCUGAGCGCCCUGAUGGCGCUUUUGGGGGUGCUGCACUUGUGGCUCUUUCGUCACCAGCCCACUUACUACGGGAAGCACGAACCCCGCCAGUCGAGGCCGGGGAAAAACCCCGCCGCGAGGACCCCGCGCUGCACCCACCUGCCGUCCCGCUGCGCCUGGUUCCUCCAGGAGCUGCCUUCCUUCCUGGUGCCCGCGCUUCUGCUGGCGCUGCGCAAGCCUCCGCGCUUCGCGCCGCUGGGCUGCAGGCUGCUGGCUGGCAUGUUCUGCGGCCACUAUUUCUACAGGACAUUCAUUUAUUCAUUCUUCCAAAGAGGCAGACCUUUCCCACUGAAGAUAGUGUUUUUUGGUGCACUGUUCUGCAUCUAUAAUGGCUUCCUUCAAGGUUACUACAUGAUUUAUUGUGCUGAAUAUCCAGAUGAUUGGUGUAAAGACAUACGAUUUUUGUCAGGUCUUUUGCUGUUUUUGUCUGGCAUGGGAAUCAAUAUCCACAGUGAUUUUCUUCUACGUCAGUUAAGAAAGCCUGGAGAGUUCACUUACAAAAUUCCACAAGGAGGAUUGUUUGCAUACGUCUCAGGAGCAAAUUUCUUUGGGGAAAUCCUGGAAUGGUUCGGCUAUGCUAUAGCAUCCUGGUCUCUACCAGCUUUAGCCUUUGCAUUUUUUACACUCUCCUGCGUUGGACCACGUGCUUAUCAUCAUCAUAGGUAUUAUCAUAAGACAUUCACAGCCUAUCCAAGAUCAAGAAAAGCUUUGAUUCCUUUUAUAUUUUGAAGAACAGUUAUCAGAAUGGAUGGGUGUUAUGUGUUCUUUAUUGUUUACAUAAAUGUUUUAUUAUUAUUAAAUAUAAUAUAUUAAAGUCCCUUGAAUAAUUUCAUUUUGUAUAAUAGAAUCCUUUUGGCUCUUAAGAGCAUGAAGAAUAUUCAUCAACUAAUGUUCCCCUACCUGCAUUUCACAGGUUGGCAACUAGUGCUGCUUGUCUGGGAAAUUGGACUGUUAUCACUAUCUACUUUUCACAGAAAGCAGUGAAAAUUAAGAAAAAUUCAGUUAAGGGGGGAAAAGGGCUUGUUAGCUGUAAGCUUAUUGCUCUAUUUUGGUGUUCUUUCUCAUAAAGACAAAGAAAACAUUCCAUAAAAAGUGAUACUCAGUUUCAUCUUUUGGUAUUUCUUCAAAUGAGUUAUGGUUGUAUAUAAUUAUCAUCAAAAAUGUAAUUUAACAGGUAAUAGUGUUUUCUAUAAGUGUGAUCCUUGAGCUGAAUAUGACAUCAAAUAAAAAUCAGACCUUUUGCGUGAAACAGAAAAAUGUGCUUGUGAUUUGUGGUUUUGAUGAUUAGGAAAAAAAGGGAUAAAAGAAAAAAGGGAUGGUUGUAAUAAUAGAAUAAAAAUGAAUAUUGUACAUGUAUUUAUAUUUCCUGCAAAGAAAAUUGGAAGCUUCUUCUGUUUUUUAUUCUUUCUUUAUUUCUGCACUUUUGCUUUGCUUUCUUUCUUUCUUUCUUUCUCUUUUUCUUUCUUUCUGCACUUUUUUCUCUUUGUUUUUCUCUUUCUUUUUUCUUUCUUCUGCUCUUUAUUAGUUUUAUGUGCUUUGUAAAACUUUAAAAAUUAUUUUUAAAAAACACUACACGAAGCAUCCUAUCACUUUAAAAAAAUUCUAUUUACUUUUACCUGUCAAAUCAAGAAAUAGGAAUCCAUCUCCCAUCUUCUUAUCCAGAUAGGUAUUUUGUGUUAAAAGCCUAAUAUUUGGUGACUGAAUGGAUCCAUAGCACAGAAAUGGUUCUUCAUUGCACUUUCUUGUUUUCUUGUACUUUUUUAAAUUAGCCCUGGAUUUUCUGAGUAGUUUCCACACAUCCAGUUUUGACUUAGCUGUUUCAGAGUCCAGACAAGAAAGAUCAACUGUUGCCACUUGGUCAAGUAGUCUCAAACUGCCAACAAGGGGGGGAAAAUGAGCUGUUCAGUGCCCCUAACAGCAAAAUUUCUAUGCUUCUCAAGAGACACCUAAAUUUCUGGGUAUAUACAGUACUGCAUACAACAGCUCUGGCUCCAUAGAUCAGUUGACUAAAAGGUAAGGAAUAGCAGAGAUGACAAAACCCAGCAUCUUCUCUAUGUCCAAAACAGCUGAUCCAUGUCCUUAGAUUCUGUAGUGUGUUUGCAUGAUUCUCCUGUUAGCUUGCUUCCAAAUGAACUGAAUACUAUUAUGCGGGUGCUAACCAAUAAGGUUGGACAGUACAGUUUAUUCUUUAAAUAAUAAAUUCCAGCUGUUUUCUUGUAACCUUUAGUUUUAUGUAAUCUUUUGCAAGCAAUUACUGGUUCUACAGCAGUGUUUUUCAAACUUGACAACUUUAUGGUAUGAAGAUUUCAACUCCCAGAAUUUCUAACUUCUUCUGCAAGAAACUAGUGAACAAAUAUACUUCUUUAUGUAGCUGGAUACUUGAUUUCGUAUUGAUAGCUCCAGUUUGUGCAAAUUGAAAGAAAAGUUGAGUAUGGGUUCCCCACAGGGCUGUGUCUUGAGUCCAUUACUGUUCACCUUGAUGACCCAUGACAGUUGUGCCAAGUCUGCUGUGAAUCAUAUUGUGAAGUAUGUGGAUGACCUGACAGCGGUGGGGCUUAUCCGGGAUGACAAUGAAGAUUCUUAUAGGGAGGAGGUGAAGGCUUUGGUGGGCUCGUACAAUAAAAAUAACCUGGUUUUGAAUGUUAAUAAAACAGAGGAGAUCAUUGUUGAUUUUAGAAAGAGCCGGCAUAGUUAUACCCACUUUGUAUCAAAACUGUAGCUGUUGAGGUGGUCAACAGUAUUACGUUGCAGUUUUACAGUAUAACAGGCCACUUUUUACAGAAGCACUGCAUCACUGUUUGGUUUGGUGGUAGUAGUACCUCAGAUAGAAAGUCCAUACAGAGAGUGGUAAGGACAGCUAAGAUGAUUAUAGGAAACUCACUUCCCAUUAUUCAGGAUACUGCUUAUAAGCGCUAUGUGUAUGUAUACAUCCAAACUAGACUGUGAUGUUUCUCUGUGUCGUGUGUGUGUGUGUGGGUAUAUGUAUAUUGGUUAUGUUUUGAGAGCUGAAUGCAACAAAAUUUCAUUUUAAUAUAUGCUGAUUAGUGUACAUUUCAAGUGACAAUAAAUAUUCUAUUCUAUUCUAUUCUAUUCUAUUCUAUUCUAUUCUAUUCUAUUCUAUUCUAUUCUAUUCUAAAUAAAAUGUUGCUUGCUGAUAGACCUAAGAAGUUUUGCACAAACAGGAGACGUCAAAGAGAUAACAUAUCCCUCCCUUUUGACAUUGCCUCCAUCCAUCACCUGUAUCAGUCUUGUCCAUCAUGCAGUUCUCAUAGAUUUCUCCUUUCACUAAG